AUGGAGGGCGCCGAGCCCCGCGCGCGGCCGGAGCGCCUGGCGGAGGCCGAGGCUCGGGCGGCCGAUGGCGGGCGCCUGGUGGAGGUGCAGCUGAGCGGCGGCGCCCCUUGGGGCUUCACCCUGAAGGGCGGCCGCGAGCACGGCGAGCCGCUGAUCAUCACCAAGGUCGAAGAAGGGAGCAAAGCCGCAGCCGUGGACAAACUGCUGGCCGGAGACGAGAUCGUGGGCAUCAAUGACGUCGGCCUGUCUGGGUUUAGGCAGGAGGCCAUCUGCCUGGUGAAGGGGUCGCAUAAGACCCUGAAGCUGGUGGUGAAAAGGAGGAAUGAGCUGAGCUGGAGGCCACACUCCUGGCAUGCCACCAAGUUCUCCGACAGCCACUCCGAGGCAGCUGCACCUCUGUUCCCCUGCCCCUCUCGGCCGAGCCGGUACCACGCCAGCUCCUCCUCCCAGGACCUGUCGGGCGGCGCCUGGGAGCCAGCGAACCUGCAGCGCACCUCCGACCACUUCAGCUCGCUGGGGAGUGUCGACAGCCUGGACCCGUCCUCCCAGCCCGACCCGUCGGGGCGCCUCUCGGCGGCCAAGUCCAGCAGCAGCAUCGACCGCUUGGGUGGCGCCAGCAAGCGGGACUCAGCUUACGGCUCAUUCUCCACCCGCUCCAGCACGCCAGACCACACCCUGCCCAAGGCGGACGCAUCCUCGGCCGAGAACAUCCUCUACAAAGUGGGCCUGUGGGAGGCCUCCGCUGCAGCAGACAGCCGGCCGGGCCCGACGGCCGGCGACCCUCAGGGCGCCGAGGAGCCCCUGGGGUGUUUCCCGCCCCGGGUCCCCGAGGAUGGCCCCGAGCCCAAGCUAGCUGCUUGCGGGCGGUCCAGCUCAGGGCCCGUCUGGUAUGUUCCAGAUAAGAGACGAGCCCCUCCGUCCCCUCCCCCGCCGCCUCCCCCGCUCCGCCGAGACAGCUUCGCUGCCACCAGGAGCCACGAGCAGACCCAGCAGACCCAGGGCCCCACGUUCUCAGCAGACGCUGCCCCCGCACAGCCCUUGCCGGGCCUAAGCCGCGUGCAGCCCCACGGCGACGACUGGAAGAGACCUGAGCCCGCUGAUCUGCUGUCGAGGCCGGCCCGCGGGGGCGAAGGCUGGAGAGCCUCGAGCUCUUUGGGCUGCAUGCCCGAGGCGCACCUGGACUGCGGGGGGCUGGCCUGCGACAGCGGGGCUCGGGUCCUCCUGGGGGCCCCCAGCCAGCUGCAGGCUUCUCUAUCCAGCACCGACGUGCGCCGCCCGCAGCCCUCGCCCGCGUGCCAACACCCGCGCCACUCGAGCGACGAGGGCCCCUUCUUCCGCGAGGGCCCCAGGGCCGCCACGUGGCUUGGGGAGCCCUUCCCCGCUGACCGCCUCGCGGACGACAGCCCUGCUGCCGUUGUUGUCGGAGGGCCACGCGCCGCCGACCAGAGGGGCGACUCUGGCGCGCAGAGCCGCUACUAUUGCGUGAUGUCCAGACCCGGUCCCCAGUGGGGCGCCCCGGCCCCCCAGCCCCGCUGCUACCCGUCCCGGCUGGAGGGCGCCCCGGGCGCACGGCAGAGAGGCAGGGCGGAGCCGGUGGACAGGGCACUCCAGGACCCACCGGGGGCCGGCCUCCUGGACAAAGGCGAUAGGAAGAGGGUGGUGGGCAGCCUGGAAGACAGGGGCGGUGAGAUCUGCCCCCUGCAGACGCCCAUGCUGCACUCGCUGAGCCGGGAAGGGGCGCGCCGGCCUGAGACCGGCCACGAGGACGCGGCAGCAACGCCGCCCGAGGCCCCGGCGGCCAAGCCCCUCCGGAGGAGCGAUCGCUUCGCCACCACCCUGAGGAACGAGAUCCAGCAGCGGCGAGCCAGGCUGCAGAAGAGCCGGAGCACGGCCACCUUGGCCAGCUCCGCGGAGGAGGAGGGGGAGGAGGAAGACGAUGUGGAGACGGAGGCGCGUGCCUCCGGGGCGCAGCCAGUAGCCGACCCGGAGACCGCCUUCCCCGGCGGCACCUAUAAGGACCACCUGAAGGAGGCGCAGGCCCGCGUCCUGAGGGCCACAUCGUUCCGGCGCCGCGACCUGGAGCCCAGCACAGCGGACCCGGAGCCAGCCCCCCGCGUCUGGGAGGGGGCCCCGGGCGCCGGGCCGCCCUCGCGUGCCGCCGGCAGCAGCGGCGCGCGCAUCGGAAGCCGGAGGCGCUUCACCGCCGAGCAGAAACUGAAGUCCUACUCAGAGCCCGAGAAGAUGAACACGGUGGGGCUGGCGGGGGACCAGCGCCCCGCACCCCCUGACGAGAACAUGCGCACCUUUGCUGACAGGUGGAAGUUUUUUGAGGAAACCAGCAAGCCUGUGGUCCCUCAGCCGGGGCCGAGGCCGGCACCUUGUGGCUUCCCCAGGGAGAAGCCGGAGAUGCUGUGGACAGGAGGCCCUGGAAAAGAUGGAAAGGCAGGGAAACCCAUCCCGCCCCAGAGGCUCGGCACCUUCGCAGAGUAUCAAGCCUCCUGGAGGGAACAGAGGAAGGCGCCGGAAGCUAGGGGUGCCGGCAGGUACCACUCCGCAGACAACAUCCUCGACGUGGGUGUGGACCAGGAGGAGAGGCCGCAGUACGUCCACGAAAGGUCCCGGUCAUCGCCUUCCACGGAUCUCUACAAGCAGGACGCCUCUGUGGAAUCUCGACGGCAAGCGGGGGACCCGGGGGAGCACACGGAGCGUUCUUCGGUGGCACGGGCCAAGGACGGAGGCCCCACCCCAAGACAAGCAGAUGGUCAGCCUGGGGAGGACUGCCCAGGAGCACCGUGGGACCCCCGGCAAACCUCUGAACCCCCUGGCGCCCAGGAAGGGCCCGAGGUGUCCCGGGAGGCCCGCGGCCGGGCGGGCACCCUCCCUCGCGAUUAUCGGUACCUGGAGCCGCGCGCGCCUCUGGACACCCCCGCCCGGGGGCAGGAGCCCCGGCCCCUGAGCGCCGCCCUGCCGGCCAGGAGAGCCGCCCUGCAGAGGCCACCACCGCCCAAGCGCGAGCUCCGGCCACCGCCGGGAGGCGCGCACAGCCGGCCCCGCCCCUCGGUGGCCUCCUCCGAGGCAGUGGACACGCGGAGCGCGCAGCGCACAGAGGAGCCUGCUGCCCGGCCCCGGCGGGAGGCGCCGCUCUCUGCCCCGUUGCGGCCCCUGCAGACCUUAGACAUGGACACCUCGCGCUCGCCGUCGCCUCAGUUUGCGCCACAGAAGCUGACAGACAAGCCCCCGCUGCUCAUCCAGGACGAGAAUGCCGCCAGAAUCGAGCGGGUGAUGGACAACAACACCACGGUAAAGAUGGUGCCCAUCAAGAUAGUGCACUCGGAGAGCCAGCCGGAGAAGGAGAGCCGCCAGGCGCUGGCCCGCGUCCCCGAGCCGCCUCCGCUGCCCCGGGGCCUUGAGCGGGACCAGAUCAAGACGCUUAGCACGUCCGAGCAGUCCUACUCACGCUUCUGCCCCUACAGCCGCCAGGGCACCGAGCCCCAGCCCCCUGCCAGUGCCCCGGGGCCCCCUGCCAAGGACGACCACGCCUCCCCUCCUGCACUCAGCUACCUGAAGGCCACAGACAGGACCGCCGACGACCUCAAGUCAGAGGAGCUGGCCCGCGAGAUUGCGGGUAGGGAUAAGUCGCUGGCGGACAUCCUGGACCCAGGCGUGAGGAUGAGAACCACCAUGGACCUCAUGGAGGGCAUCUUCCCCAAAGAUGAGCACCUCCUGGAAGGCGUGCAGCAACGGAGGAAGCUGCUCCCCAAGGUGCCCUCGCCCAGGACGGCGGAGGAGAGGAGGGAGGAGACCAGUGUGCUGGCGGCCGCACCCUUGGCCACCAACUCCGCCUACUACAGCACAUCAGCCCCCAAGGCGGAGCUGCUGAUAAAGAUGAAGGACCUGCAGGAGCAGCAGGAGCCAGAAGAGGACUCGGGCAGUGACUUGGACCACGACCUGUCAGUCAAAAAGCAGGAGCUCAUCGAGAGCCUCGGCCGCAAGCUGCAGGUGCUGCGGGAGGCACGGGAGAGCCUGCUGGAGGACGUGCAGGCCAACAGCGCGCUGGGUGACGAGGUGGAGGCCCUGGUCAAGGCCGUGUGCAAGCCCAACGAGUUUGACAAGUUCCGCAUGUUCAUCGGGGACCUCGACAAGGUGGUGAACCUCCUGCUGUCGCUCUCCGGCCGCCUGGCCCGCGUGGAGAACGCCCUCAACAACCUGGACGACAGCACGCCUCCGGGCGAUCGGCAAUCCCUGCUCGAGAAGCAGCGCGUCCUGAUCCAGCAGCACGAGGACGCCAGGGAGCUGAAGGAGAACCUGGACCGCCGGGAGGGCAUCGUCUUCGACAUCCUGGCCAGCUACCUGGGCCCCGAGAGCCUGGCGGACUACGAGCACUUCGUCAAGAUGAAGUCGGCGCUCAUCAUCGAGCAGCGCGAGUUGGAAGACAAAAUACACCUGGGUGAGGAGCAGCUGAAGUGCCUAUUGGACAGCCUGCAGCCGGAGAGAGGCAAAUGAAGGCGCACCCAAACCCCAUCCCACCCGGCCCUCCCCGGAGAAGGAGGACGACGCGGAUGGGGUUGGCGGAGUCAUCAGCUCCGGUCCUGUGGAUGCCGCUGAAAACCGUAGCCUGUAUUUACGUCCUGUCGUUGGGGGUCGGGGGAGGGGGGUGUCCUCUCACGGCCAGGUCGCGGUCAGCAAAGUAAUAACUUAUAUGUGUGCGUUUGGGAUGAGUUCUUUAAUUCUUAGGUUCCCUUUUGGAAUGCUGAGCAGAGCGGCUCCCCCCUCCCCUUUGCCGCGGUGGCCCGACAGCGUCCCCACGUGGCGCCGGGGCUGGGGUGCGCCCUGCGCGCGUACGCACUGGGGUCACCCCUGUGGUCUCCACCGGCCUUGCGUGCGGACGCUGAACCCCGUCCUCCACGCGGGCAGGAACGAUCGCGUCUCUAAAGAAGGUGCAUGUGGGUCAGGGGUGGGGAGUCGCCUGGUGCACGAGCUGUCCCAUGGAUCGCAGGAGGCGCCGGGGCUGGGGUGUGCCCUGCGCGCGUACGCACUGGGGUCACCCCCGUGGUCUUCACCGGCCUUGCGUGCGGACGCUGAACCCCGUCCUCCGCGCGGGCAGGAGCGAUCGCGUCUCUAGAGAAGGUGCAUGUGGGUCGGGGGUGGGGAGUCGCCUGGUGCACGAGCUGUCCCGUGGAUCGCGGGAGGCGCCGGGGCUGGGGUGCGCCCUGCGCGCGUACGCACUGGGGUCACCCCCAUGGUCUCUAACCGGCCUUGCGUGUGGACGCUGAACCCCGUCCUCCACGCGGGCAGGAACGAUCGCGUCUCUAAAGAAGGUGCAUGUGGGUCGGGGGUGGGGAGUCGCCUGGUGCACGAGCUGUCCCGUGGAUCGCGGGAGGCGCCGGGGCUGGGGUGUGCCCUGCGCGCGUACGCACUGGGGUCACCCCCGUGGUCUUCACUGGCCUUGCGUGCGGACGCUGAACCCCGUCCUCCGCGCGGGCAGGAGCGAUCGCGUCUCUAGAGAAGGUGCAUGUGGGUCGGGGGUGGGGAGUCGCCUGGUGCACGAGCUGUCCCGUGGAUCGCGGGAGGCGCCUGCCGGCUGUGCUCGCCGUGCGUCCGGAAGUGUUGCGCCAUUCGUUCUGUCUGUCCUCUAAGGAUGACCCCGACCCAGCAAAAAAAAAAAUCAUGAGGAUGAGUAUUAUUUAUUAAUGUGUUAGAAAGAGAAUAGUUAUCCAUGCGGUUUAAAGACCAGCGGUGAAAUGACGAGCUUUCAGCGUGCUGGGUUCACUCAUGGUGAAAUCGCCACUUGCACAGUGUACAUGCUUUAAGGCGCAGGCAGAAGGGACAUACUGGUUUUUGUUCUUCUGGAAUGACACCCGCGUGCAAAUGGUAUUUUUCCUGCAAAGUGAGAUUACGUGGCUGAAAGUGUGUCCGGAAGAUAGGUGCUUGCGAGUUUUGUUUUGAUUUUUUUUCCUUAAGGCCCCUGAGAUAUUUUCCUCAUUUACUUUCCCCUCCGCGCUCCCCCUCCCGCCCCCCCAAGAACAUUUCUUUGGUGUGUAUAUGAUUGUGGAUUAUAACUGGCAGCUCCUCUCUUUUUGCUUCUCUGGAUUAAUUAUUGGCAGUGUCAAGGCCACCUCCUCUAAGAACCCGUGGUUCUGGCUUUCCAGAGGUCCAGGUGGACCAUACGACUCCCAGACCUGGUCUUUCUCUGCCACAGAGUUGACCACCGUCUGUUGCCCGUUUUGUCGUUUGAUAUUGCAAGGUGGUCGAGAGAGUCUGUUCACUAGAAAACACUGUCGGGCUGUUGUUUUCCAGUGGCCGAGUCACGACUAGAAGAUAUCUUGCAGAUCCCGUGUGCUGCAUUUGCAUCCACAAUGUAUAAAGAUCUUUCCAAGUUAACAGCAUGAAAACAGACAGCCCAGUUAAAACAUGAGCCAGAGUCUUAAAUAGACAGUUCACCAAAGAGGCUAUGUGCAUGUCAGUGGGCAUAUAGGUGUUUAGCCCCUCGUGGCUUGGUUCUCACGGUCUGAUUUUUAACCCGAUUGUCUGUGUUCCGUCCCAGUUGGGUGAGAUGCCUGCAUAAUGGUGGUAGAAGCCCUAAGAUAACUUCAUUUCGGGGUGAUAUUCAGAGGUCAGAUCAUGUUACUCCUUGUUUCCUCUUAUGCCUGGGAAACGAGUUUUCUGACAGAUGGGGAGAUAGCCCUGUCACCGGUGACCGGCGCCUUACCAAAGACAGAAGCACACAAUGUCUUUAAUAUUAAAGGACACUACUCCACACCCACAGAGCCGGGAGGACAAGCUGGACUGGCCCCGGUGAUAUCUCUGCAGCCCUGGUGGGAACCGACCUGGCAGGCUUCAGUGAUGCCGGCAAUAAACAUUCCUUUGGCAGCCCACCCACGCCAGAGAGAAGGGCCUUUUUCUGCACUUUUUAUUCUUCUUAAAUUAAGCUGUUCCUGACUUGAAAAACCCCUCUUCUGCCAGUGAAGCGUCGUCCUCCUCCCCACGUGCUACGGUCACUUGCUGUGAAAAUGGGUCAUGGUGGAAAAGAUAAAGCUGGCUGUCCACGGAUCCCCCGCCCCGCCUUUCUCCCUUGGGGCAACAACCACAGUGAUGUCAGUGUGUUUUGAUUUUCAGAAAGCUUUUAUCUGUGAAUCUUGCCCUUCUCAUACAGUAUUGUGAUCAUUUUGAUGAUACGUCUGUAAAAUGUGAAAAUAGAGUUUAUGCCUGUAUCCAGCUUUUCGGUGUCUUUUGAGAACAUUGUCUUCUACACAGCAAUACACAGGGCUCUGGUAUCCUUUAAACGAAGCCCAUAGAAUCACAAUGGUCCUGUCUGUUUCUCCAUCUGCCUCAUAAAUGUCUGGUUGGCGGGGACCCAAAGAUUGCAGUGAGUCAGUGUGUACAACUUUGUAUAUAACUAUAUUACUGCACAUACAAUCUGGUGCUAACCUUUCUCCCAUGGCAUUCCUGGGUGGUGGCUGAUGGCUCACCCUGGGUCAUCACUCAGCUGAGAUGUGCUCUCUGUAUCUUGAGGUUGCAGUCAGGGGCCUUGCCGGAUACUUUGAUCAUGCCUUCCACCGUGGAAGAUUUGUACCGAUUUCAUGCUCAACACUUAACACUUACCUCUCAACAGAUCAUCCUGCUUGACCUUAAUAAAAUAAAUGAUAUCUUUCAGUGAA